AUGGCGGAACUUCAGGCGCAGGCCGAAGCCAGUGCUGGUUUUGAGACGACAACAGUCGCAGCAGUUGCGACAGGGCCGGCGUUGUUUGCAGCAGCGGACGCCAUGCUGCAGGAGCAGGAGCUAAACGACAUCCUUGCUCCCUACGAGCGCGAUGCCGCCAUCCUGCUUGAUAUCUUGCUGCAAGACCCAACGGCGCUCGCCUCCCUGAAGGUAAUCACGUCCGGCGGCAACAUUGGUGGGACGGCGCAGGGCCAGACGUGGCUCUCGCGCCUGAGGCGGACGCUUGCCGACGCGCGCUGCAACCGAGGCUACGCCGGCAUGUGUGAUGCCGUGCUCCGGGAGCGCGUCGGGCGCUCCUUUGCCAUGCAUGGCGCCCAGCAUGCGCCCGGCGGCCUCGAGGAAGCCCACAACGCCUGCCUGCUGACCGUUCUGGUCUGGGCGGGCCGCCACGACCUGGCUCAUGCGAUCUUUGGGUCCGACGCCGGCGCAACACUGGCACGGCGCUUCGAGGCGGCGUCGGCGCCGCGGGGCGCGCGGCGGGCCCCGAGCGGCGCGCUGGCGCUGUUGGGUGCUGAGGCGCAGGACGCGCCCCAACAGCUGAUGCAGGGCGGCUGGUACGAUGAAGACUGGUGGAGGGCAGACGGCGCUGACCUCGGCGGCAGCGAGCCGGCCCUAGCGCCCCUGCAUGCGCCCCUGGCCGCGCCUGCGCACAAUGCGCUGCUUUCCCAGGGCUCCGGUGGCGCCGCUCUGGAGCAGCAGCAGCUGGCGCAGCCGCAGCAGCAGCCGAAUGAGCGAGACGCGUCGCCCGCGCCUUCGCAGCCUGCCGAGCUUUUCCUCACGACCGGAGGCGCCGGCCAGCCCGCGAACCUCAAGGGGCCGAACCCCUCCCUCGCUCCUGACUUCCAGCCGCGCCCCGCCGCGCCUGGGCCCGGCCCCUCGCCGGGGUCUGCAGCCCGCUGGGCGUCGCAGCGGCCGGAGGGCGCGCUGCGCGCGCUGCACGUGGCCGCGAGGCGCGACCCGGACGCGGCGGCGGCGAUGAUGACGGGGGAGACUCUGGACGCCUGCCUGGCAGUGAUGGAACUCGAGCUGAGGACAAUUUCCCUCAUCCCCGGCCGCCGCGAGGCCAUUGCCUCCCUCAGCCCCGCCGCCGCCGCGGCGCGCGCGGCCGACGCCGCCAGCCACCCGGCGUGCCCCUCCCACGGCACGGUCACCCUCCUCCUCGGCCAUGCGCUGGCGCGGGGCGCUCUGCCGGACGGCGACUGCGGCGGCCCCGGCGGCUCUGACGGAGCAGCGCUGGCCGCCAUGCGGCUCAGGCGUGAGCGGUUUCUGGACGCGCUGCAUCGCUGGUGGCUGGCCUGGUGGGUUGAUGCUGACGAGGCGGCCGAGUGGGAGAGAGAGAUGCAGGCCUUCAUGGCCCAGGCCGCCGCCGCGGCUGCGGGCACAGGCGCGGCGGGAGCGGCGGUGGCGGCAGACCCCUCUCUGGCGCGCCGCUCAGAGCGCGAGGCGGCUGCGUUUGCAGAGAUGCGCGCGUGGCAGCGGGAGCUGCAGGCGCGCGCGGCGCCGCGCGCGCUGCUGCGGCUGGCGCACUUCCACGCGCCCGGCCGGCCAUUAACCCUCUGA